AUGUCGGCCGUACCCGUAAACUCCAUAGGCAAACGUUGUGGAUACAGCUUUAUUUUCCCAUUAUUUAUCAAUUCAAAAACAGCUGCUGAAUGGCGUACACGAACCAUAUAUCAACUGUUAACUGAUCGAUUUGCUCAUACGCCUGAUGAUAUUGAGACAAAUAAAAAAUGUUUGCAUUCUCCUCUAUCCUAUUACGAUAUUCGACAUUAUUGUGGUGGCACAUACAAAGGUAUCAUUUCUCAUUUGAAUUACAUAAAACAGAUGGGAUUUGAUGCUAUUUGGAUAUCUCCCAUAACAGCACAAAUUGAAAAUGAUACGCAUUGGGGUGUAGGAUGGCACGGUUAUUGGCAAGAUAAUAUUUAUGGUUUAAAUGAACAUUUUGGUACAGAAAAUGAUCUUCGAACAUUGAUAAAAGCAGCUCAUACACUUGAUAUUUGGGUAAUGUUAGAUGUUGUUGCUAAUCAUAUGGGACCAAAUGUAAAUGGAACAGCUCGCUAUGUUCCGUUUGAUCUAGAUAUUUAUUAUCAUCAACCACCAUGUCUGAUUACUGAUUAUACAAAUCAGAGUCAAGUAGAAUUUUGCACAGUCGGUGAUAUUAACGUACCAUUGCCCGAUCUUAAUACUGAACACGAAUUUGUUGUUUCAACACUUAAUCAAUGGAUUCGAAAUAUUAUUAAUGAGUAUGAAUUUGAUGGUAUAAGAAUUGAUACAUUUCGUCAUGUUCGAAAACCAUUUUGGACAGAUUAUGUAUCUGCAUCGGGUGUCUAUUCAGUUGGUGAAGUGGCCACAUCUGACACGGCUUAUGUUGGUGAUUAUCAACGAUAUGCCGAUGGUGUUUUACAUUAUCCACUAUAUUUUGUUCUAAAUGAAGUAUUUCGAGAUGAAAAUAGAAAAUCGAUUCGAGAAAUUGAUAAACAAGUUCAAUUAAAUGAAGAAUAUUUUAUAGAUACAACAUUGUGUGGAUUAUUUUUAGAUAAUCACGAUCAAGCACGUUUUAUGAAUCAUACAAAAAAUAUGAUACUUAUUCAAAAUGCCUUAACCUAUUUGAUGUUCAGCGAUGGAAUACCCAUUUUUUACUAUGGUACCGAGCAAGAAUAUCACGGUGACUCGGAUCCAUAG